AGGGUGGCGCACUUCACGUCUGCGUUGGCCCGCUUCAUGUUCGAGCGGUUGUACUCUGGGUUGAUAUUCGAGCGGGAGCAGCUGAAUGCGCUGGCAGCUUUGAGCAUGAGAGCUCGAGAAGAAGGACGAAGCAUUGUCUAUUUGCCCAGUCACAAGAGCCACAUUGAUUACCUCGUCUUGCAGUUCUCGCUCUGGAAUCUAGGAUUGGGCGCGCCUGCAAUAGCUGCCGGUGAAAAUCUGAAUCUUCCCAUGGUUGGUUCGUUCUUUGGCCGAAAUGGAGCUUUCUACAUCCGCAGGAGCUUCGGUGGUGAAGAUAGCGAGUUGUAUUCCACUGUUGUGGCCGUGUACUUGGAGGGCUUACUUCGUCGAGGAGCAAAUGUGAAAUUCUUUUCCGAGGGUGGUCGCAGCCGCAGUGGCAAGUUGUUACAACCCAAGAUUGGCUUGCUCGGCAUGAUCGUGGACCCUAUUCUCUAUGGAGUGGUUGAAGAUGCGUACAUCGUGCCUGUUUCCAUCUACUACGACGGGGUGAUGGAAACUGAGAGCUAUGUGCGUGAGCUGUUGGGAAGCGCUAAGCGAAAGGAAAGCCUCAUUGGUGUCCUUGGACAAGGAAAGCACCUAUUGGCAAUGCCUCGCUCACGUUUUGGAAAUAUACAUGUUCGAUUUGCUCCUGGAUUUAGCGCAAAGAGCUACAUUGAGAACCUCAUCGCCUUGCAGCAAUCUUCAGUGACUAGGGCCAACUUCAAUCCUCGGAUCUCUCCCGGAGACAAGGGCAUCCUAUUGAAGGCACUGGCCUACCAUGUGUUGGAAGAGAUCAAUCGAUCCUCCAGCGUGACCCCAACUGCCCUGGUC